GUUUUUCACAAUCUUGAACUCAAACAUUUCCUCCAAAGCUUAAAGCCUGAGUAAAUGUGUAAUGGUUUCACUCUGUAAGAAGAUCAUUACACCCAUAGCCAGAGCUUCAAUCACCAUCUCUACUAAGCCCACCAUCUUCACCGGCCACGAAGUCCCAUUUGUCCCGUUUUCUCAGCUGCAAAAAAUCAAACAGUUGGAGUCCCAAAUCAUUUCCACCCUCCAUGAUUGCACGAACCUCUCCCAAAUCAAGCAAACCCACGCUUAUAUAAUCCGGAGAUGCCUCCACCAAUCAUCGUAUGUUAUAGCGAAGCUCGUGCGAAUGCUGUCGAAAACAAGCGUUUCUAUGCUGCCUUACGGAGUUUCAAUCUUUUCCCAGGUGAGACACCCUAACGCUUUCCUCUACACAGCUUUGAUUAGGGGGUAUACGAUUGAUGGGAUGCUUGAAGAAUCGGUGUUUGUUUAUAAUUCGAUGAGGAGAGAUGGUCUUACACCUGUGUCUUUCACUUUCACCGCGUUGUUGAGUGCCUCCGCGAGUGAAAAGAAGGUCGAUUUGGGCCGGCAGCUCCACUGUGAGUGUGUGAAAUUGGGUGGGUUCGAAGUGGAUUAUUUUGUGGACAACGUUUUGAUCAACUUGUAUUUGAAAUGUGGGUGGUUGAGUAGCGGGAGGAAGGUGUUCGACGAAUCGCCUGAGAGAGAUUUGAUCUCUUGGACCUCGCUCAUCGAUGCCUAUGCAAAGGCUGGGCGUAUGGAUUCCGCAAGCGAGAUGUUUGAUCGGGCGCCUGCAAAGGAUAUGGUGUUGUGGACUGCCAUGGUGACUGGUUUCGUACAGAACGCUAAACCGAGGGAAGCAUUGGAGUAUUUCGAAAAAAUGCAAAUUUCAGGUGUGCAGACCGACGAGAUCACAUUAGUAGGUGUAAUAAACGCAUGUGCACAAUUAGGAGCAGCUAAGUAUGCGAAUUGGGUUCGUGACAUAGCCGAGAAAUCGAGCUUUUCCAUUGCCAAAGAUUCGCAUUUAGGUUCGGCGAUGAUUGAUAUGUACUCAAAGUGUGGGUGCUUGGAAGAAGCGUACGAAAUAUUCAAGAACAUGCAUAAAAAAGACGUUUAUUCCUAUAGUUCGAUGAUCAUAGGUCUUGCAUACCAUGGUCGUGCAAAUUCCGCUAUUGAAUUAUUCGAGGAGAUGACCAAAACCGAUGUGGGGCCCAAUGCAGUGACUUUUCUUGGGGUUCUAACUGCAUGCAGCCAUGCAGGAUUGGUCGAGGAAGGUAAAAAAUUCUUCGAAAUAAUGGAGUCUACUUAUGGGGUUACUCCAUGUGCGGAUCACUAUAAUUGCAUGGUGGAUCUUUUCGGUCGAACUGGACGGUUAGAUGAAGCGCUCGAUGUUAUUACAAGCAUGCCUAUGGAGCCCACUGCAGGUAUAUGGGGAGCUCUUCUUGGAUCUUGUCGUACAUUUGCGAAUCCAGAUAUUGCUGAAAUUGCAGCGAGACAUUUGUUCGAGCUCGAGCCGGUUAAUAUCGGAAACUAUAUAUUACUUGCGGAUGUGUACGUGAAGGCGGAAAGAUGGGAAGAUUCAUUGAAGGUGAGGAAAUUGAUAAGUGAAAAGGGGUUGAGAAAAACCCCUGCUUUUAGUUGUGUCGAAGGCGAAAAAGGGGUGAUUCAUGAGUUUUACGCAGGUAAUAUGACUCACCCUAGGUCGACGGAGAUUAACGAGGUGUUGGAGAAUCUUAUCGAGAGAUUAAAAUUAAAUGGGUACGAGCCGGAUUUGAGCUCGGUGCUUUAUGAUGUGAAUGAGGAGGAGAAAAGACGAAUCUUGAUGAAGCAUAGCGAGAAGUUGGCUUUGGCGUAUGCGUUGCUUAUAGCAGAAGAUGGAUCCGCGAUUAGAAUCGUGAAGAAUCUUAGGAUAUGUGUGGAUUGCCACUUGUUCAUGUGUGGUGUGUCUGAAAUUAGUCGGAGGAAGAUCAUCGUGAGGGAUAAUAUGAGGUUCCAUCACUUUGAAGAUGGCGCGUGUUCGUGCCGUAACUUUUGGUGAUUUAUAGCCGGAAGCAGUUUUGAAGUAAGAUCGCUCGCCGAAACAAAGCUGCUUCUAGAAGCAUCAGGAGCAACAGGCGAAACCAAGAAAAACCUCGGUGGUGGCGUUAACCAAGAAACGGGCAUUGAGGGGCUGCACUCAGGUUUCCGAUAGAUAGCAAUAUUGCAAGAUUCAAAGGCUAAGAGAGAAAAGCAUGGUGAGAUGAACAAUACAAUUGAAUGUUUUGGCUGCAUCGCCCAUUUCUGGGAAUUUAAAUGAUUAAAUGUAUUUUAUUACAUAAUUUUUUCUUCUUUUGUGGCAGUACACAAACCCAAUGUAUAGUAUAUUGCAUGCAGCAUACAUACAUAUAAAUAUAUAUACAAGAUGAACUCCAUUUUAUGUAUAAAAAAGAGUAGAAUUAUAUAAACUGUGAAAUGUGAAAACGAAACCCCAAACAUGAACAACAACAAACAGACAAAAUAGAGACACAACACACUGAAACACACACACACAUACAUAAUGCCACCUCGGAUCAUAAACUGAAGGAGGAACAUGGCUUAUUACAGGAAGUAAAA